AUGUUGAUUCUCAGGCUUGGUGGCCGAAGGGCAUUGGUGCAAUUAGAUCGACUAUCCGGCAGCGGCAAUCGUUUAUUUCAUGCGUUGUCGUCAUCAGCGUACCACCGGCCGUCGCCCAGGCAAGCGUCUCUUCCUAUCAGCAACAAUACGAUCAACAGCCCGCUAUGCCCAACCCCGGGAUGUGCCGCCCGCUAUGCGUCCCAGCCUGGCGGCAAGCCGUCCGGCACGGCAAGCAAGAUCGCGGCGAAGCUCCCAACGCUACCGAAGAAUCUCCAUGAAGACAUCCGUACCCUGCCGAACCUACUGACACUAUCGCGCCUUGUCGCUGCGCCCUUUGUCGGCUAUUUCAUCCUCCACGACCAGCAUGCUUGGGCACUGGGCCUGUUCGCGUACGCCGGCGUGACGGAUCUACUGGACGGCUGGAUCGCACGGCGGUGGAAGCAGCAGACGGUGGUCGGCACCAUCAUCGACCCAAUGGCCGAUAAGACACUCAUGACCAUCCUUACGGUGUGUCUGGCGGUACAGGGGUCGCUUCCGGUAUGGCUCGCGACCAUCAUCCUCGGCCGCGAUGUCGGCCUGGCCGUGUCUGCUAUCUACUACCGUUGGAUCUCCUUACCGCCUCCCAAGACCUUUGCGCGAUAUUGGGACUUUUCUCUACCCUCGGCCGAGGUCCGUCCCACGACCAUCAGCAAGUAUAAUACGUUCCUUCAACUCAUCCUUAUUGGCAUGACGACCGCCGCCCCGGUGUUCAGCUACGAUCUCUCAACACCAUUGACCAUCAUGCAGUACGUUGUGGCUACCACGACAGUCUGGAGUGGCGCGAGCUACAUCUAUACUAAAGACGCGGUCAAGAUCUUGACGCCACCCAGCAAGGUUUGA